UUGUAUCACACCAGGCCCCGAUCCCAUCUUUUACUGGUUUGUUCUGUUUGUUUAGGGGGAGGUUUGUCCAGAUUGUGAGCUUUAAAAGUGUGGACCAGACAACUUACCCUCAUUAUUUUUAACACAGAGGAGGCCAAGGGUCGUAGCUUGAGCUGUUGCGGUGGGUGAAGUUCAGCGGACGUGAUGCAGGCUCUCUGGGCUCUGUGGUUGUCUGCUUUUCCAGCUCUGCUGGGAGCUUCAUCGCUGAUUGUGGAGAAGGAAAGCACUGGCUCCCGGAUUUGUAAGCCUGCUCCGAAGUGGGAGAUCGAGGACGAGGUUCCAAUGAAGGACCUGCUAGGAAAUGUAGUCGUUGUGGCUCUUCUUAAAGCGAGCUGACAGUUCUGUCUCACGCAGGCCGCCAGGUUGGGAGACCUGCGUGACAAGCUGGCGCGUGGCAAGCUGACUAACAUAUCAUUCCUGGUCGUCAAUGAGCAGGAUGCGCAGUCCAGAGCCAUGUACUGGGAGCUGAAGAGACGGACAGCAGAGGGCAUCCCUGUGUAUCAGCAGAGCCCACUGCAAAAUGACGUCUGGGACAUCCUAGAUGGAGACAAGGAUGAUUUCUUAGUUUAUGACAGAUGUGGACAUCUCACCUUCCACAUUGUCCUGCCCUAUAGCUUCCUUCACUACCCUUAUGUAGAAGCUGCCAUCAGGGCUACGUACCACAAAAACAUAUGCAACUGCUCAUUGCAUGCAAACUCCUCCAUAUCAGAAGGCUUCGAAAACAACAAAAAUGACGCAAAGGAGCUUACAGAAGAGAACCGGAAGACUAACAAUACAGAGCCCGUAACUGUUGAGCACCAUCACCAUCAACCUGAGCGUCAUCAUCAUCAUCAUCAUCAUGUGCAUCAUCAUCAUCAUCAUUACCAUAAAAAUAAAACGAACAGCACCGGUGAUUCAGAUGUGACCAGCAUUUCAAAGGAGCCAGUACAGCAUUCGCAUCAAGAACAUAGUCAUCACUAAAAUUUGGGUCUUCUUGUUUGUUUUGUUUCUCGAUAAUUGUUGUAUUUUAGUUUAUAAAUGUACUCUCUUUUAUCUAUACGCAGCUGCUCUUGUGUCAGACCUUAUAUUGACCUUUAAGGAGGAAUUCAGUUGGUUCUCAUUGCUCUUAAUGAAGUGUGCACUUUAAACCUGAGUCAGGGGUCUGCAUGCAGAUGUUGAGCGGAAAAAUCAUUUGCACGAGGCUUUUGAAUUCCUCCUUACUUUUAGGGAUUAUAUGUUUGCUGAACGAAAGAGUUUGCUAUUUGUAUUAUUUGUUGACUUGUAUUUAUGCGAUGGUAUGAUGUGUUAAGGAAGUAUGUUUAUGACCCAAAGUGGUAUGAAAGAAAGUGUAUUUAAUAUACAGCAUUUAAUAUACAGAA